GCAGCGAAGCGAAAUAUGUCAGUAGCUAGCAGCGAUCCGAUAAGUGAUAAUUUAGUGGUGUUUUCACGCAUGGCUCGGUGCAGCGUCUCCCGUGUUGUCUUGUUGCUCUUGUGUUGCAUGCAUCUGUCGGCUGCAGCUGCAGGAGCAGCAGUGUACAACGUCGAGAGUUACGACGCGAGACCUGACGGCCGGACGGACGCGUCCAGGGCAUUGGCGUCCGCCUGGUCCGCCGCAUGCCGGUCGCCGGAGCCGGCCACCGUGUACGUGCCAGACGGCGAGUUCUUUGUCAGCCACUCGGCCUUCGCUGGCCCGUGUUCCGGCGGCAGGAUGACGGUCCAGAUCGACGGCACGCUGGUCGCACCGUCCGGUUACACCGGCAGUGCCAGCUCUGGCGGGGAGUGGAUUGUGUUCGACCACGUCGACGGCCUCACCGUGUCCGGCGGCACCCUCGACGGCCGCGGUGAGUCGCUGUGGGCGUGCAAGGCGGCCGGCCACGGCGGCUGCCCGGACGGCGCAACAUCGAUGAAGGUGCUGAACUCGAGGGACGUGGUGAUAAGCGGGGUCAAGUCGGUGAACAGCGAGCUGUACCACGUCGUGAUCGACGGGUGCGAGGGCGUGGCGGUGCAGGACGCCCGGAUCGUGGCGCCCGGGAGCAGCCCCAACACGGACGGCAUCCACGUGCAGUCGUCGUCCGCGGUCACCAUCACCGGCGCCAGCAUCCAGACCGGCGACGACUGCAUCUCCGUCGGCCCCGGCACCUCCAACCUCCGCGUCGAGCACGUCAGCUGCGGCCCCGGCCACGGCAUAAGCAUCGGGAGCCUGGGGAAGGAGAGCGAGGAGGGCGGGGUGGAGAACGUGACGGUGAGCGGCGCGGCGUUCGUGGGCACGGAGAACGGGCUGCGGAUCAAGACGUGGGGGCGGGCGGCGCGCUCGGGGGCGUACGUGCGCGGCGUCGUCUUCGAGCACGCGCUCAUGCGCGACGUGAGCAACCCCAUCAUCAUCGACCAGAGCUACUGCCCCAACGACGGCGGCCAAGGCUGCCCCCAUCAGAGCUCCGACGUGCAGAUCAGCGGGGUGACGUACACCGACAUCCAGGGUUCGUCGGCGUCGCAGGUGGCGGUCAAGUUCGACUGCAGCGCGAGCAAACCCUGCAGCGGGCUCGGCCUGCAGGACAUCAAGCUCACGUUCGACGGCGGCAAGCCGGCGGAGGCGACCUGCCAACACGCCGACGGCACGGCCUCCGGUGUCCUCAUGCCUCCCAGUUGCCUGUAACGCUUUACCGCCAAAUUGGAGAAACAAUUCUUGUAAACCGAGUACUCACUAUUUACACAUGGACGAAGAUACAACGGAUAGUAUAGUGAAUUAGUGAUAUUAACAAGAUAUUUGAUUCGGUCCAACAAAAAACGGAUAGUAUAGUGAAUUAGUGAUAUUAACAAGAUAUUUGAUUCGGUCCAAUAAAAAGUACCUCGACGUACCGGUAGUCCGGUAACUCACAGUACUAGAUCCAACGAUCGGAAAUAAUUUGGUACCGUGAGGUCCUGUACCUCGAGGUACUUUUUGUUGGACCGGAGCAAAUCUCUAUUAAGAAACUUCAACGAUUCCAGCUCUAAUCAGUAAUCGACCAAUUGUAUUCCCGAAUCAAGAAGGUUCAGCAUUAUUAUUCAAUAAAUCAACUAGGGAAUGACAAUCAAAUUAUCGGGUCUGACGA